AUGUAUUUAGAUAAUUUAGAUAACGAUAUCAAGUUGAAUACACCACGUUCUUUCGAUGGAAGGAAAGAUAUCUAUGAAAUAUCAGAUUUUCUAGCUACAGUUCACAUCCAGAUUGCCACUAGGAACAUUGAAAAUGAAGCUACGAAGAUCGCAACGCUUGGACGUUCCUUGACAGGACCUGCUGCACGUUGGUUUGUCUCGUAUGGUACGAAUAAUGGCUUUGAAGGCCUUACCUAUGACAACUUUGUAGUGGAUUUCAAGAAUCAUUUUCAAGGCGCAGCUGACUCGUUCUACCUCGUACAGAAGAUUCGAGAGUUACGCAUGACCCGCCAGGUACCAAUUGAAGAGUAUAGCGACCGUUACUUUCGAUUGGUGGAUUUGCUACCUGAUGCGUAUUGGUCCGAAAAUGCCAAAAUCGAUCAGUACUUAUAUGGUUUACCACCGAAUGUCGUACAAUAUGUACGAGUGGUCAAACCCGACUCGUUGCAGGAAGCGAUGGAGACGGCUUGGAAGCAUGUGAUGAUCAACAUGAAGUCGUAUAAGGAACCGUUUCCUGAUCUCAAUAGUUCCCGGAUAAUGGACCCAGACGCCAUGGAACUCGACGCUAUAAGUGAUAGCCGGAGAUCUCGUCAAUAUAACUAUACCCCGAAUAACGCUAACAAUAAUAGAUUUAGGCCGAUGGCACGUAAAACCAUGUCUAGAUCAGAUUGUCUUAGGUUGGGUUUGUGCUUUAGAUGCAAGAAAGGCGGACAUAGCUCCAAGGAAUGUUCCCAGAAGAACUACUGA